AUGAAUAAAAUCAUUUUAUUGCUUCUUUUUAUUUCAACUCUUUUUCAAAUAGCAUAUAACUGUUCAUGUGAAUAUGAGAAACCAAUGGAUUCAAUGUGUAAAGCAGAUUUUAUUUCAUAUGUACAUGUGAAAGGUGUUACUCGUCUUAAAAAUGCUUAUGGUAUACCUUAUAAACAAAGUAGGCGUGGAAUUAGGUAUUAUGUAGAUCAUUUGGAAGUUUUUAAAAUGCCACGCAAGAUGAUACCUUCACAUCGUAUUUAUACACCAUCUAAUGCUCAACUUUGUGGAAUGUCAAACUUGAAAAAAGGUGAUAAAAUUUAUCUUAUGGGAAAAAUAGAAAAGAAAAAAACAUUUUUAAUAAGUAUAUGUCAUAGCGUAAACUUUCAUUCAAUGAUAAAAGGUAAAAUUUCAGAGAAAGAUCUUCAAAUAUUAAGAAAGAAAAGUUACGAACCAUGCGAAGAAUAA